CCUCUGCAUAUAUUCUUGAUCCUCUGAUGCUUCCUGCAUUAUCCGUUCAGCUGAUUUUUUUGUGAACCAUUUCAUUGGUACGUAGAAAUGGAGAGUGAGUUGGUGAAACGCAGAAUUCACAUGAUUGCUGCCCAUUUUGCACCCACUGAUGAUAUUUCAACUACCCAUGUUCUGCCUAUGAAUUGCAGUGGCAGUCUGAACUCUGUGCUCCGGAGAUGCGAUAAUAAGGUGUAUUUUGCGCGCCAAGCAUCUGCUUCUCUUGGUUACUUUAUGAGGCAGACUUCAAUUGAAGAAGAGGGUGGCUCAACUUCCUUUGUUGCUCCAAAAAGCCAUGGUGCUGCUGCAUCUGAAUGUCCUUCUAAUGCAAGAGCACCAUGUUUUGCUAGACCUGCAAGAGCAGAAUCAGUCCUUACAAAUUCAGUGGUCCAACCAAUGGCUCAGGGGCAGGGCUGUGAUUUUAGUACACUUGAUCCUCCUGCAUUUUCUAGGCCAAGCAGACAAAUUCAACGAGGAGAUCAGUUGCCUUCAGAAAAGAAAAUGUGCUAUUCUGAAAUUGGCAUUGAGUGGUCUCCAAGGAUGGAUGUUGCAGAAUCAGAAGGCAAGUAUGUGAUCACAGUGGAAGUUCCAGGUGUCAGUAUCAGUGACAUAAGAGUGGAGGUUGAUGAUCAAAAGUUGUGUGUCAAAGGUAGACGUUCUACUAGCUCUUGGACAAUGUCAGGUUGUCCAAAUGCUUCAUUUUCUUCAUAUCAUCGGAGGGAAAUACUAUAUGGACCAUAUGAGGUGGUCUGGCAGCUUCCUGCUGGUGUGAACAAGGACAGAAUAUCAGCUGAAUUUUUGGAUGGGUUUCUACAAAUUCUGGUUCCUAAAGUUUGAGUGUGACUGAGCAGUAUUGAUUUGUACCACAUAUAUGUAUACGUAUACCUCUAGCAUAUAAAUGGAGAGGAAAUGGGCAUUGUUCUGCAUGAGCCAUGUCAUGCCCUAUUCCUAUAUUUAUAUUCAUAUAUGUAAAUGAACAGAUGAUGGGUUAAUUUUGACUUCAUAUACAAUUUUAUUGUUGAACAGAAAAUGUCCUCAUGCA